AUGGAGCAAAACACCCUCAGGAGACGAAGUGUCGGCCUGACCGGAGUGGACAAACAACGCUCAUUUGGGGGUUUUACUCUUUUCUGCCCUCUUACCAGUGAUACGGCUCAUCUCAUUGAUAUCGAUGGAAAGGAGGUUCACUCGUGGAAACUUCCAGGCAGAAUCGGUCGUCAUGCCAGAAUUCUUCCAAACGGAAAUCUCGCCGUCAACACCCUCCGUCCAGCUCCCAGGCAAACAACUGCAGAUGGAGGUCCCUACCCAUUCCCGUUCUUCAACAAAUAUGGUGGAGGAAUAAUGUCCGAGCUCGACUCCGAAGGCAACAUAGUUCGUCAAUUCACUGAUCCAUUAGGCCACCAUGACCAGUAUCACUAUGGUGAUGGACGAAUCUUGUAUACUUCUCUAGAGGCUUUGUCUCCGGAGGAUUCAGCAAAGAUUAUUGGCGGAGUUCCUGGCACUGAGAUCGAUAGGAUCACAUACGCCGACACAAUCUGUGAAGUCGACGGAGACGGCAAUUUACUUUGGCAAUGGAAAGUCUCCGAACGACUACCGAGAGAAGAGUACCCUCUGCAACCGCAUUACACACGUGAACACUAUCCACUCAUCAACUCAGUUUUGCCGCUGCGAGAUGGGAAGCACAUCCUCGCUUCGAUGCGCUCCGUUUCAGCGGUUGUCAUCAUUGAAAGAUCCACUGGCAACAUAGUAUGGAAAAUCGGAUCUGAAGUCCUCGCACAACAACAUAACGCUACGGAGAUGGAGAACGGGAACAUUCUCAUCUUUGACAAUGGUGCCUUCCGCAACGGCGAAUCCAUUACAUACACCAGGGCAAUCGAAGUCGAUCGGUCGACGAAGAAGAUUGUUUGGGAAUACCGAGACCGCUCGCAAAUGCUCUACUUCUUUACCCCGUUCAUGGGUAGUGCUCAAAGGCUCGACAAUGGCAACACACUUCUGUGUGAAAGUGCUUUUGGCCGUAUUUUUGAAAUCACUUCGGAUGGGUAUAUCUGCUGGGAGUAUAUCAACCCUCACUUCGCCCCAUACUCCGAUGACGCGACAGCGAAGAUAUUCCCAGGAGAGUCCAAUGCCUUGUUUCGUGCGUAUCGCUAUUCUUCUGAGGAGAUUCCUUGGUUGGAGCAGAAGCUAGCUGACCCGGGCAACUGA